GGGUGGGUAAUGAGCCUGCCCAGGCUGGUUAAUGUCUAACCCGGCCCCAGCUCUUGUCCAGGACAGAAGCAGAGCAGGCCGGGAUCCCUAGGACUGAGCAGCCCAGCUAGGCUCAGGGACCGCCAGGUAACGGCCCCAGACCCCCGCCCCCAGUCUGUGGAGAAAGGGGCAAGAGUCUGUGCCCGUGGGCCACCCUCCUGCCUUGCCCUCUGGGGCCUAGAGGAGGAGCAGAAGCCCCAGGUGCCCCCCUAGCUCUCAGCUCUCCAGGGUAGAACCAGUGUAGGGUAGUUCCUUCCCCCUGCACUGGGCUGGAGAGGUGGGGGAGGGAGGGGGGAAGGAAGCCACGAGGCAGGGGGUGCCUCCAGGCCUGAGCCUCUGAAGGGGCCUCUUCCAAGCAGCCAUAAGGAGGAAGCCCAGGAGAAGGCGGACUCUUGGACUUCCUGCCCAGCGGAAGGAGGGCAGUGUGUGCUGGGGGGGAGAGCAUGGGCAAUGACGGCUCUUCCUCCCCCCAAAGCCCUCUCUGUGGGGUAGAGGCUCCCAGCCCGGGCCUGGCACUGGAGGGGGACACCACGAGAACAGGGGCUCGUUGCAGCUAGACACCCCAGCUCAGGGCCCACAGUCUCUGCUUCCAAGCCAGCAGUGGGCCAUGCAAACGAGAGUCAGCUAUACAAACAUACACAAAGCCCCUGCUCGGCCUCUAGAGCCUCGGCCUGGGGAAUGGUGGGAGGGGCAGAGCCACCCACGUGGAGUCUGCUCCCGGGCCCACCGAGCUGUCUCCCAAGGGGCAGGUCCGGCCCACAUUGCCCGUGCCCCUCGGAGGGAUGAAGGCAAGCCCCCAGGGGCCAGGAGGGUCAGAUGUUCUGUGACAGAGAAGUUGAGGGCAUUCCCACCUGCCCAAUCAAGCCAGGGCAUCCAGAGCUCAGGCCAGGGACCGCGAGGACGGGGCUACUCCCCCAGGAGAGUCCCCAGGAGUCUCCAAAGGCCAGCUCAGACCGUCCCUCCUAGCCACCACUUUGUCUCACACACUGGGAAGAAGUUUCUCCUGCAAGGCAAGAGAGGGGCCCCCAAAAGCUCAAGCGGCCCACCUGUCACCUACCGCUUGCCUUCCAGACCCACGAAUCCUGAGACUCAGGGGCACUGCCAACCACGACCCAGGAAGAUUGUGUUUGAAGAUGAGCUUCCUGUCAAGACCCCUAAGGUGAUUCCUGGCCUGGGUCCUCAGCCAGGAAAGGGCCCCACAGGGUCUGGUCCGACACUUCACUCUGAGCACACCCCCCAGCCUCAGCUGGUCCCUGACUACAUUCUGAGAUACCCGGCGAUCUCCAGCGCAGUGGAGAGGAGCCGCUACAAGGCUGUGUUUCAGGACCAGCACCCCGAGUACCUGGAGCUCCACCAGGAUGUGGCCACAGCCAUGGCCAAGUUCCAGGAGCUGGAGGCUCUGCUGGCUACUUUGCCCCGGCUGGGGCCCAAGCAAGAAGCCCGGCUUGCCUGGGUCCGGAGGGAAUUUGAGAGGAAGAAAAGGGACCCAGUUUUCCUGGAGAAGCAGGCCCGCUGUGACUACUUGAAGAGAAAACUGAGGCACCUCAAAGCACAGAUCCAGAAAUAUGACGAGAAAGAUUCCCAGGAUGGCUCUGUUUAUUUCUGAACGGAUAUUGCCCACGCCCAGGCAGAGACAGCUCCAGUAGAUGGGACAGGAUGCUGCUUUGAGAUGCAAGGGACUCUAUAGUCCUUCUUCCCUGAUGAAGAAGGGAGCUGCCUUAGCUAGGGCUGACAAUAGUAUUUGUCACUGAGAACGGGCCUAUCUCUGCCUCCAACCCCACCUUAGGGGAUUAUCAGUAUUUGGAAAAUGAAUUUUGGUUAUAAAUGUCACUAAGUAGCCUAUCCAUUGGUGGUGCACCCAUGGGCUGGGGGAUAAAUGCCUAGAGAGAAGAAGCUUCUGAGAAGAGGCAGCAAGGGGACAGUUAGGCUGGGAGUCAGGAAACCUGGCUUCAAGGCCCUGGAGGGCCAUUGAUUUAGCCCAGUCCUGGACAAAUCUUUUCUCCUUCACUUUUUUCUUCUCUCAUUCAUCUCAUUCAUUCUGUUCAAAAGGAAGUAUAAGGAGAAAUACACGGACUAUAUGGUCUCUGAGGUCCCAAGUCCAGCCCAAAUAUCUUCUAUAUUCUAAGGAUUUUCCCUCUAGUCUCCAAAAUUCUGUGUUCUAUGGAACUUCCUAAUCCAGGCAUUCUCUUACUCUAAGAUCUCUCCCAGUUCCAAUGUUCUAAGGUCUCUCUCAGCCCUGAAAUUCUGCAUUCAAAGGUUCCUCCCAGCUCUGGCAUUCUGUGUUCUAAGGGCCUUCCCUGCUCUGUAAUUCUGUUUUAAAGUGUCUCUCAACUCUACCCAUUCUCUAUUCUAAGUGUUCUCUUAGCCCUGGUAUUUUCUGUUCUCUUAACUCUUACGUUCCAUGUUCUAAGGGGUCUCCCAGAUCUGACUCUUUGCAUUCCAUAUUCCCAGGAAGGCAUUAAGUUACAAUGGAUACAGUUCUGAACUAGAUAUCAGGAAGACUUGGGUCCAAAUUGCUUCUCUGACUUUUCCCAGUUGUUUGACCAGAAUACAUUGAGGAGAUCAUAAGCCUCAGUUUCCUCAUCCAUAAAAUGGGGAUAAUCAUAAUAUAUGUGCUACCUACCUCAUUGGGCCACUUGAGAUUCAAAUGAGUUAAUGUUUUCAAAGUAAUUUUUGUGUCUUAAAGUUCUCCAAGAAUAAAUGUCCAUUAUUAUUAUAA